CAUCCGAUAUCUCAAUGCAUAUUCUCGUAAUUGUAUAUGUAUAUGUAUAUUGAUAACAUGUAAGUUUCUGGGAAAUUAACCUGAAAAGAGUUUCUCAAAAAGAGGGGUUGACGAGUGAAGGGGAGGAGGAUGACGUCACGCUUCUCCGUCGCAUCAAGAGGUAGUUCCCGGAGCUCUGCAAUCUCUGGAGGCGGAGCUGAAGAUGAGAAUUCCGCUUGCAAUGGCGGUCCAAAGGCCAGGAGGAGAUCCGUGCUGCUUCAGAGACCCAGUUCAGGAGAUGUCAAAACUCGCUCUGGUACCCGUCCCGCCAUGGCGGAGCAGUUCGGCCGGCCGUGGCGUCCUGUUCAGAGGAAAAACCUGGCCGAUUUGGAGGAGAAGCUGGUGGCCAAAGAGUCGCUGAUUAAGGAUUUGGAGGCUCAGGUGGUGAGCUUGAAGGCGGAGCUGCAGGAAGCUCGGAGCUCUAAUGCAGAGAUGGAGACGAAGAAUCAGAAGCUCUCUCUGGAUCUUGCUUCUGCUGAAUCGAAGAUCUUAUCUCUCUCCUCUCACCACAACCACAAGUCAGCGGUAGAACACAGAAACCCUAGAUUUAAGGAUAUACAGAGGCUGAUUGCCAGCAAACUGGAGGAAUCCGUUCUUCACUCGAAUCCCAUUAGAGCAAGAUCAUCUUCUCCGUCACCUUCGCCGCCGCCAUUCCCAAAGUCUUUGGUUCCCCAAACUCGCAAUUCAGAUGAAAAGGAUGUAAUUUCUUCAUCCAUGGCGGCAUCACCCCCUCCACCACCGCCUCCGCCCCCUCCCAGACCGCCUGCCAAAGCAGCUCGUGCUCAAAAGUCACCUCCCGUCGCACAGUUGUUUCACUUGUUGAAUAAGCAAGAUGCGUCUAGAGAGCUUUCAUCUUCUGCAAGCCCUAGCAGCGUACAUAGCAGCAUAGUUGGAGAAAUUCAAAACCGUUCUGCACACCUCCUCGCUAUCAAAUCCGACAUUGAAACGAAGGGGGAUUUCAUCAACCAUCUUAUCCGGAAAGUCCUGGCUGCCAGCUUUUCGGACAUGGAACAUGUCCUGAAAUUUGUGGAUUGGCUUGAUGAAGAACUGUCAUCUCUGGCCGAUGAGAGAGCUGUGUUAAAGCAUUUCAAGUGGCCUGAGAAGAAAGCCGAUGCCCUGCGUGAGGCUGCCGUCGAGUAUCGUGACCUUAGGAAGCUGGAAAAUGAGCUUUCUUCGUACUCCGAUGAUCCGAGCAUUCCGUAUGGUACUGCCCUGAAGAAAAUGGUCAGCUUGCUAGAUAAGUCGGAGCAGAGCACACAGAGACUAGUCAGAUUACGAAGUUCGGCCAUCCGUUCUUAUCAGGAAUUCAGGAUCCCUUCCGAGUGGAUGCUUGAUUCUGGGAUCGUAAGUAAGAUCAAAAGGGCGUCGAUCAAACUGGCGAAAACGUACAUGAAGAGAGUGGCGAUGGAGAUGGAUUCAGGCCGUGAGUCUGCUCAAGAAGCGUUGGUCCUUCAAGGAGUGCGGUUUGCGUACAGAACUUACCAGUUUGCGGGAGGAUUGGAUUCGGAGGCAUUGUGCGCUUUGGAAGAGAUAAAGAAGAGGGUCCCUAUUCAUUCUCCGGCCGCCUCAGCAGGGGACGUUGGCCGGAGUUCCGUUGUAGCAAAAUGAUCCACUUGUAUCGAUUUCUUUUUUUGAAAAAUAUAAUAUAAAUACACGAAUUUGUUACCUA